UGCGCGCGAGAGUGUGCGUGUGCACCCCUCGCCAGCUACAACACAGCGCGCGCGGACCUGCCCAGUAAAGCCAGUAAAUGCGAGGCUUCCGUUUCGGCGUGUGUGCCAGUGAUAGAGUGCGUAAUAAGCACGGCGUGUACGGGCAAAUCUACGUACUUGGACAUCGCCGUUGUCGCCGUAGUCAUCACUGGGCGGACAGCGCUCGCGUGUCAAGAUGCCGCUCAGCAUCGGAGUUAACCUGAGGGUGACCGGCCACUGCAAUCAGGGUGGCCGCAAAUACAUGGAGGACAUGUUCUGUGUGGCAUUUCAACCCACACCGGACGACAAGGACCUGGAGUACGCGUUCUUCGGCAUAUUCGACGGCCACGGGGGCGGUGAAGCCGCGACGUUCGCCAAGGAACAUCUCAUGGACAUAAUCGUGAAGCAGAAGAACUUCUGGAGCGACCGCGACGAGGACGUACUUCGGGCGAUCAGGGAUGGAUACGUGAAUACGCACUACGCGAUGUGGCGGGAGCUCGACAAAUGGCCACGAACCGCGUCUGGACUACCAUCCACAGCUGGCACGACUGCCAGCAUUGCGUUCAUUCGAAAAGGCAAGAUUUACAUCGGUCACGUGGGAGAUUCCGCUAUCAUAUUGGGUUACCAGGCAGAGGGUGAAAGCCAGUGGAGAGCGAAAGCUCUGACGAAGGAUCACAAGCCCGAGAGCGGCCCGGAGAUGACGCGCAUUCAGGACGCGGGUGGAAAAGUGAUUAGCAAGUCCGGCGUGCCUAGAGUGGUGUGGAAUCGACCUCGUAUAGGGCACAAAGGUCCAGUUCGCAGAUCUACUCAUAUGGACGAGAUCCCCUUCCUCGCUGUGGCCAGAUCACUUGGCGACUUGUGGAGUUAUAAUUCCGAAUUGAACACCUUUGUGGUAUCACCUGAGCCAGAUGUGAAGGUUAUUCCAGUUGACGUCAAGUCACACCGCUGUCUUAUAUUUGGCACCGAUGGUUUGUGGAACAUGUUGUCCCCACAGGCUGCGGUGGCUAUUGUUCAAGCCACAGACAGACACAAUGAGAAGCACUUGAUAGCCUCUCAGCAGACUGGGAACGGACAACCCGACAUGCAAAUGUGGAUUAAUCCGUCGAAAAGCCUUGUGGAUCGUGCGCUGGAAAAAUGGUCGUCGACUCGGUUGCGCGCGGACAACACUAGCGUUGUGACACUGAUGCUCGACCCGUCGGGACCAUGUCGCAGUGAGGUGCUGUUUAACACAAAGAAAGAUCGUGUUAUACAUCACGGAACGUACGUGCCAACUGCGAAUAUGGUACCUGAGAAUAUCGAGGAAGAAGAGGCCAGUUCGAAGGUGUUGAAUCCGUGUGAAUCGAUGCCACCGCCAAUCAUCGCAGCGACUCCCAAAAUUGACGUCAAGCAACCAGACUCGUCUAACGGCAAUGAGGACGUCGUCGAUCAGGCGUUACCACCGGAAAGAGUUUUGUCCCCUGAAAAGUCACCUUCACCUCACAUCGAUAUUUUCUCGGAAAUACAAGAGACAGGAGUGGCGAGCGAAAAUACGAUAGACAAUGUAACUGAUGUUGCAGAAAGUAUUCAAGUCGACGAGGUAUCCUCCAGCGAGAUGCUGGAAGAAACCGGAGAAUCGGAAAACACAGUAGUGGACGAGGCUGUUGUCGCCAAAUCAGCCGACCUCGAAGAUGAAAAGCAACCAAUAAGCGAACGGAAUGAAACCGAAGCAAGUCACGAUAACGUGCAGCUCUCGACCCAGUCAAAUGCUCAAAAGUCGGAGCAAUUCAAUAAGCUCAAAGAACUUCUAGUAGAAACAGGAGCGUCUGACGUGACACCACAGAACUCAUUUCCCAGCGCGAACGAAAACAUCCAACCUACCACGCUCGUCGGAAGCAAACUGUGUCAAAGUGACGGCAUUGUGUCUGUUGAAAUCAAUGGUUACGACGACGGCGAAACGAGAAACGACGUUGUUUUAAACGGACCGAGACACAAACUACAACAGCACCCGUUAUUCCCAGUUACAACGCCCAAUAUCCGAAGCAUCAAGCGACGACACAGUCUGAACUCGCAAAAUCGCAACGCUUACGCGGACGUCGCGCCUUCGGACAAGACUUACGUGAGUAUCAAGUCGCGAUACAAGGUACCUUCCGCAAAGUCCUCAGUCGCCGGGGACGCUACAAACGAGAACAUGCUGAAAAACACGUCGAACCGACAGACGAGCGGUGGCAACGCUGCCGCCACGGUGGGUAACAAACGCAGGCACAGCGCGAUCGCGCAAGUGAUCGAUGGCGGCUGCGGUAUGCAGCAACAGCAGCAUGAACCGUGCGUGAAAAGGAGGACACGCUCGGAAGACCGGCCAAGUCUCACGGACGAGAACAACCCGGCCAAUCAAGUAACGGAGGACGCCAACAGUCGGUUGAGCUGGCCCACGUCGGAUUCGACGUUGUCGAAGAACAACAGAGCCACCGCGACGUUGUCCGGGCAGGACCGACUCUCCUCGUCCAGCAACUCCCUGCAGCAACUCCAACGAAGGAGUUUAGGAAAGAAGGCCACACUCGUGAAGACCAUCAGAAGGCCGUCUAUCAGCGGCUCGAAUCGACUGCAACAGCUAAGAGGUAGUUUCGGCCUAAGGGACUGGGACCAAGGCAGAAGCAAUCGAGGCAACUGUAACGAUAGAAGACUAAAUAGGACAGUAGCGCUCAUGAGCUCUACGGACACGACGAUGCCGCAAAGGUGGCUAAGAUCAGACACAAUGGCGGCGACACCUGUGAAAACAUUACGUUCGCGUAACGUAGACAUCGCUGGACACACCAUAUCCGCACAGAUGGUCCAUCAGUAUGGUGUGGUGAAGCAGAACCGACUGUCCCUACCGAACAAGCUGAAGCAGUCUGCGAACGGCGGAUCGUUGCAAUCGAGUAGAGUCAGGUCUUCCUCGUUGUCGUCCAAUAAACUUAAACAAGCGAAUAGUAACGGUGGAAGCGUGAGUACUUGCGCGGCCAUUAAUAACGCCACCACAGGUUGUAGUUCCACCUCUGGUAUAGCUAAGAGAGUCAAGUCGCCCUACAAUCCUAGCGCUCGAUCAUUUAACACGCGAUCUCGCAUCAUACGUCUCGGAAAGUAAGGACACAAUUAGCGGCUCUAGAUUUGCAAUUAGCUCGAAGAUUUUCAGGGUAUGAUACUCUUACCCUUAUUAUUAUUAAUUCUUUUUUAAACAUCUGCGUAUUAUCUUACAGCGAUGUAAAUCAAUUGUACACAGCACAUGUAUGCAUAUAUACAUGCAUACAUACACACACAUACACACACUUUAUAUAUGUUUGAAACUUUAUCACUUUCAUCUUCGGAACUCCAUAUUUCCUUUCACUGAAUAUAGUUACUAGGAAUGGGUUUACAUAUAGUAAAUUAUUAGAUUUUUAUGUUUUUUUUUUCUUUUAGAUAUAGAAUUAAAUAAAGUAAAAACAAGUGUACGAUUAUUUUAGAUAUAUGCCAAGAAUUAGCAUUUGUGCUUUAGUUGCGCGAAUUCUUGUAAACUUUUGACGUUGCAAUCGUUUCCUGAAAAUACUGCAUGCGUAUUUAUAAUUUUGUUAUCGAAAUUCAUUAUAUUAAUCUUUUGUAAUCAUACUAGAGCGCGCGUACUCCGUUUUGUUUUAUAAAAUAUAAUUCUGUCGUGUAAAAUAAAUUGUUACGCUCUGCCAUUCUCAUUGUUAAACAUGAUUAUCGAUUUCAUUGUGAGAAGCCGUAAUAUUGUCUAGAAUGGCUUAAAGAAUUGAACUGUGGCAACGACAUCAUCAUAUUCGCAACUUUCAAAUAAUUUCGCACUUCCCAAAAGAGCAUCAUUCGUUUUUUAAUUUUAAUUCUUAUCAGAUGAACAUCAACGAGCGUAUGGUUUCUAAGUGUUGGCACGCUCAAGUCAAACACAUAGAAAACACGAUAUAAUAUUGCAAGUUAUUGCCAUUUCACUAUUAAAUAUUUUUUACUCGCUAUAUUUUGUUUAAGGAGAUUUAUAGGAAGUUAUUGUUGCACAUGUGAACGAGAGAGAGAGAGAGAGAGAGAGAGGGAACGAGAGAGCAAGCAAGAAGUCCCCUUAUCUUUUCUGAUAUUUUCCGAUAUUUAGAUAAUAGUAUGAUAAAUGUUAUAUAACACAUGAUGUGAAAGUAAAUGCAUGUAUAUAGAGAAUAGCAGGACAAUAAGAAAGUACGAAUGCGCGAACAGAAACGUGUCUGUGCACAUAAGUUUUCUUCACAUAUCGAUGCGCUUCUUUAGCCCGUGACAGCUGUCGCUCGGGAUUUUGAUGUUAGGCGAACAAAAUUCGCGACCAAACGAUCGCGUUUUAGAAUCCAUUGUGAAACGCAAAUGAAGCUCGUUAGAGCACAGACUGCAAAGGAAUUAUGUGUCGUUUUCUUGGACGAAUCUCUACCUUUCUGUAAUAAUUUUAAAGAAACAUUGUUAAAAAAUAUUUAUUUUUUAAAUUUAAUAUAUAAAUUCUACUACAUUUAUUUAUUUAUUCUUUUCUUUAUAAGAUAUUCGGAGAUAUGCUUCUUGAGUUAUCGUCCCACAUCGUUCAAUGAAAAUAUCGGAGAUUUAUCUGAGAAAACUGAACGCUUAAUCUUUCUAUAGACUAAUAGUUUAAAAGAAGGAAGAAAAAGAAACAAACUGAUGCUCUUGAUUUCUCAUAAUGAUCACAAUCUUCGUCGGUUCGAGAAGCAUAAACACACAGACAUUCAAGUCGAAGAAGCAUCGCGUUUAACGUAAAACCGAGCGUGUAACCAUUUCUUAGUAAGUAGAUAGCAAUCACUGAUCUGCCUUGGCUGCGUACGAAGUGGCUAUUGAGUAAUUAUCGCGACUGCUAAAUCGGCAAGUUGCCUUUGAACUAUCCGUGCGAACGCAUUGCUAUAGCGCAGAUAGAAGAUAUUUCGUAGCCUAGGUAACUGGGUGAAGUGAUACAUGAAACAUGAAAUUUUCCGAUUUAGACCAAGUGACACUUUUUCCGAGAGAUUCUCGAAAGCGCAAGAUUAUAAAUAGCGAUCACUCGGUACAAAGCGUUUAUAUGACUGUGCGAUAGCAAAAUCUAGAUUAUAGUUACAAUUAGACGGGAGAUAUAUACUUUUGCGAUACGGCUGAUGCAGAUCGAUGCAGACUCCGGUUUCUCGCGAUAUUGAACGUACAACAAUUGUGUUACAAGACGCAAAACGAGCACUAUACCAUACUAGUGAUGUAACGAACUAUUAAGUCUUACCGCGCGGCACAGGAGAGAGAUUUAUAAAUAUAUAAAUAUUAUAUAUAUAUGAUAUUAGAUAUCUCUAUAUAAAUAUAUAUAUUAAUAUAUCAGAGUUUUUGGGAUAACAAAGCGUGUGCGUCGCGUCUUCUAUGCCAUUAGCUCUUCUUUUUUUUUUGUAAAGUUGUAGUUUCAUGUCACGCAAAAUACUGUACUACGAAAGCGAAGAAAAAAAGGACAAUUUAGAAUGAAUAUUCAUUCGGUUUCAUUAUCUGCCGCAAUAAUUACGGACGUACAACGUGUCGCUUCGCAUUUGCAUUUCGCGUUGGUUUGUGUUCCGUCGACAAAUAAAUUUCAAAGCUCACGUUACACUGUAACGUUGAUCGAUGUUUCUUUAUGAGAACGUGUAUUGCUUCCUGGGAAGCUGCAACAAUUCAAAGAGUGUAUUUCGGUGCAAUUUUAUGGGCAAAAUUGAUUAAGACACGGAUAAGUGCGUGUGUCGUUGAAACGUAGGAACUAGAAUUUGUACGUUCGUGCCGCGAAAGGAGUGUGUGGAUUCAAGAACUGAGAACGCUAAAUUAAUUGACGAAAAAUAAAUGUUACCCAUAU